CCCCCCCUCAGAGAGGCAACAGAUCCCAUGGGUUCUGACAGGAGCACAGGCAGGCAGCACUGGGACCACCAGGGAGAGGUGCAGAGACUGGGAUUGAGCCCCUGCGGUGGGGGCUGAAACUUAGUGAGUGGGGCUGGGUGGGAGGCCUCAGUAGCUCUGGGGGGCACAGAAUCACAGAGCUAGGGCCAACCCGGUGUGAAAAGGAAAUUAUUCACCAAGGCCUGAUCAGGUCGGCCGCCAACAGUUCAACGGCAGCUUUCAAAGGGGAAUUGCAUUUGGUGGAGCUAUGGGGUGAGGGAUGGUUUAGCUCUUACAAAGGAAUGAUGGUGUAAUGAACCUCCUGUUGGGCUGUAGUAUUCCACCCCAUUGCAGACCGGAUGGGCUUUCUAUUAGACUCUUAACUGGGUGAUGUGCUUAGACCCUUCACACGUCGCUGCUUUCCAUUGCUGUGACCCCUCGCUAUCUCUUUCAUGGAUCUACAUGUAAUGAUGGGCUGACUCCACAAUAGUAACGAUUUUAUGGUGGUUCAAAUUCUGUUUUAUGCACCGCAAUGCCAACCUUCCCCAUUGCUUUUUCUACCUGUCAUUUUCACUGAUUCCCUGUUUGGAGCAGUCUCCCCUCGAACAUUCCUCCAUUUCUGAUCAAACAGCUUUAACCUGAAACAUUAACUCCAUCUCUGCAAAUGCUGCUGAGUAUCUCCAGCAGUUCUUUCUUCACCUAACAGAUUUUCAUCAUCAACAGCAUUUUUCCAGAAAAAGAAAGGUGCAGAUAAAAGUUUUAAAUCUCCAUGCACACUGAAUUCAUGAACAAACAAAAACACACAAUUAAAAUCAUGGAUGGAAACUAUUGAAAUAAAAUUGGUUGCAAAUUUGAGAAGCAAAUCUUCCAGGAGACUUAGAGGAAGUCAAGAAAAUGGAAGAAAAGGGUGGUGUAGGCCUGUACAAUAAAAGAGGUUACCACGGUGAUUCUUCUUCUAACCCAUUCUAGAACCUGGAUACAGAGAUUGUCAUAGCGACCUGUCUCUCCUGGAUGUGAUCAUGACGUCUUACUCAGCACUUCGAGUCCAGGAUUAAUCCUGAGCACGAUGGAAGAUUGUGAAAGGGACUGCAAAGAGGCCAUUUACCCCCCAUUCCUGAGAGGGGUCUCUUCCAUCCUAUCCCUUCUGGAACUUACAGUCAGUGCCGGAACAGGGGAUCUCAGUGAGGCCGACAGUAAACAAUUUAAGAUUGAGAUUGAGUCUGCACAAAGAGAGAUCCUGUCAGCGGAAGAAGCUGCGAGUAGGAUUGUGGAUGGCAUUGACACCAGUUGUGAGAAGCUGAUGGUUCAGCACGGCAAACUGAGCACGGAACAGAAGGAGCUGCAGAAAUGCCUUAAGUGCACGCAGGAUCAAUUGGCAGAGGUACAGGAUCAGAGGAAACGGAUUGAGGUGCAGCUCCAGGCAGCUGCUGUUUCACUGAAACAAAUGGAGCAGACCCUGAAGGGAUCCAGAGCGAAAAAGGGAGAAAAACAAACUGGGAGAGACAUCGGAAUCGGCCUGAGUUUUGUUAUCCCCUGUAUCGGGAUCCCAAUGGCAGUUGCCUUUGAGAAGGAGCGACUGUACAGGAAGUCUGAAGUGGACAUAGCUUUGGAGGAUCUCUCUCAUGUGAAAGCAAACAUCACAAAGGAUGAAGAGGAAAUGGAGAAACUCAACAGUCAGUUCCCAGAGUUGGAGAAGAAAAGGGAAGAGACAGCAGAGAGCCUGAGUGUGGUGAAGGCAGAGUUACUAAAGAUCAAAAGAUCCCGUGGUGCAUUGGCCAAUGUGCAAUGUAAACUCAAGCGCUGCCACCAGCACCUGUCAGCUCUACAUGGGCGAGUGAGUGCAUUGAAGGCUCAGGCCCAGCACAUGUACAGCAUGGUUCCCCUGAUCCCAUUUGUAAGAGAGACCUGUGCACAAGCUCAGCUGCAAGGCCCAGGGACUGAGCUCCUGAUGACUGGCUCACAGAUCCACAAGGUCAUCGAGGGUGUGAGAAUUAUGCUUCCCAAACUGCAGGAACCUAACCUUUCAGAUAUUGCCAGUUAUAUGUAACCUUCAUUUAAAAUAUUUCUUAAUCAGAGUGAAAAGAGAUGUGAUUAUGGAAUAAUAACCAGGUAGAUCAGCUGCAGAUGAACAUAGCAACUGAAGUAGGUCAUUGAAACAGCAGGCCAUACUGUCCAUUAUGCUUAAGCUGAAACUUCAAAGUGACUGUUCUACUCACCUUGCUCUUUUCUGUCCUUUUUUGAAAUAAAUGUAUAUAA